UUUGACGCGAACACUAAUCAUGUCAGGCCGAGGAAAGCAGGGAGGUAAGGUGCGGGCUAAGGCGAAGUCUCGCUCCUCGCGGGCUGGGCUGCAGUUCCCGGUGGGCCGUGUGCACCGCUUGCUUCGCAAAGGCAAUUAUGCGGAGCGGGUGGGCGCUGGCGCCCCGGUCUAUAUGGCUGCGGUGCUGGAGUAUCUGACCGCUGAGAUUCUGGAGCUGGCUGGCAACGCGGCGCGGGAUAACAAGAAAACCAGGAUCAUCCCCCGUCACCUGCAGCUCGCCAUCCGUAACGAUGAGGAGCUCAACAAACUCCUGGGGAAAGUCACGAUCGCUCAAGGGGGUGUCCUGCCCAAUAUCCAGGCCGUGCUACUGCCCAAAAAAACCGAGAGUCACAAGGCAAAGAGCAAGUGA